AUGGACCGCAAGGGAAACUAAAUCCCCAAUAAUUAAUAUUAAACUAAGAAAGAGUAUCAUAGAAUUGAGACCUAAAAACUUAAAAAUGAAAUGGAAGCACCCAAUUAUCUUUAACUUAUUGGGGACAUUGAAGGGAAAUCUGUGAUAGAUCUUGGCUGUGGAGAUGGUUAUUACACAAGAAUUUUUAAUUUAAAAAAAGGUAGUUCUGUGGUAGGAGUUGAUUUGUGCAGCGAGUUGAUUGACAUAGCCAUUGAAAUGGGUCCAAGCAAUAUUAAAUAUUAUGUUGCUGAUUGCUAAUUUUUUACAUUGGCUGGCCAAUACUUUGACAUUGUUGCUGCUGAAUUUCUCAUUCAACAUGCAACUUCACUUGAAAUGCUACAAAAUUUCAUAAGAACUGCAUACGGGUUGCUGAAUUCUAAUGGAAGGUUUGUUGGAAUAACCAGAAAUAUGAAGUUAACUCCUGAAAAUUACCACUUUUAGCAUAACUUGGGAGGACGGCAAAGUUGA